AUGCUCUUCCAAGUGCUGUUGACGACGGUGGUGGCGCUGGGCGUGGCGCCGUGCGUGCUGCAGCGUGCGUGCCCGGCGCGCGCCGCCCGCCCGCCCUCCAGCGUGUGUAUGCACCGCCUGCACCCGGACGACCGGUCAGUAAUAAUAAUAAUGAUGUCCUACCGAUCGAUUUCGGCCACGGCGGCCAAUCUCACUGAUACU